AUGAUGGGAUAUUGGCGUGAGGAUAGUUGGGUCUGGACUAUCAUUCGAGCGAACGAGGUGCUGGGUGCGGAAGCGUUUACAGAGUUUGAAGAACUGAUUGUACUACUGUAUGACAUUCAACUGGUAGCUAACACAGCAGAUGUUAUCAUUUGGCCAGUUGACAGGAUGAAUCGGUUUACGGUUAAAUCUUGUUACGAUAUGCUGUUGCAAGAUCCAGGUGCUGCUGUACUGGAGGAGGGGCGGAAAGUGGGGCUGAAUACGAUUUGGAGGGCUACCGUCCCAUCAAAGUUGAAAAUAUUUGGUUGGAGGUUAAUGCAGGAUAGGCUACCGACAAGGAAACAACUAAAACGUAGAGGAAUCAUUGAGCAGAACCAAGAUGUGUCCUGUGUAUUUUGUCCUUUGCAGGUAGAAGACUUAUUUCACUUGCUCCUGCUUUGCCCAAAGCUUCACAGGUUAUCGUCAAGAAUAUAUUUAUGGAUGGAACUAGACUUUCAAAUAUCUGAAGAUUGCUGCAGUCAUCUAUUAGUCUUCAUCAACUCUCUGUCGGGAAAGAUGCCAAGUAAUCGGGCAGGUGCUAUAUGGUUGACCAUAUAUAGGAGUAUCUGGAAGGUGGAUGUUGGCGUUUUUCCCGAGAAUUCUGUGACCUUUGGAUGUAUUUUUAAAGACCAUACAGGUGAAAUUCUGUUCUCUGCAUGUAAGAAAGAAUCGAUGAAUGUGGAUCUAUUGUUAGCUGAAAUGUUGACGAUCAGGUGGAGCUUGUCGUUGGCAAAAGAAUUUCGGGUGGAGAGGUUGGUUGUGUAG